CAGGCCUCAGGGCCGCUGUCGUCGCGGGGGUGCUGGGCGUGCUGGGCCACCCGAUGGCAUCCCGGGCCGCGGAAUCACAGUAGCCUCGCGGGCCCGGAUCAGUAAAGUUCCAACCCGCUCAAAGUAAGACGGAUAUCUAAGCUUAACUUGGACCGGAGUUGGGACUGCCGACUGCCCCCCGGGACUGUCGCCGACCAACUUGGCAGGCGUUGUGCGCCGCCGCCUCGUCUAGCCUCGUCUAGCCUCGUCUAGCCUGGUCUAGCCACGCCGCGAGCGAUUCACCCCGAUCGGCGCGGGAACGCCUCAAGAUGCCCGCAGCGUCUAGUACGCGGGGCAUCUCCCCCGGGACGUGGGGCGGCGUGUCCGGGACGGGCAGCCCCCACGGCGCGCACCGCCUCUCCGGGCUGUCCAGCAUCACCAACGAGGACCUGCAGCACAUGAGCACGGCGGGCACCAUCAGCCACAAGUGGCUCGAGGUUAUCAUCAACUUCCUGAGCGGCUUCCGCAACGACACUGCUGACUUCUCCAAGCCGCACCUCCGGCCCGCCAUCGAGGGCACGUGGGUCCUGUUCGUGGCCAUGUACGCCGUGCUGGUGGUGCUGGGCCUGCUGCUCAACGGGCUGGCGCUGGCGCGGCUGUGUCGCCUGGCGCGCGCGCGCUCCAACAAGAACAGGGGCACGGUGCGGCUGCUGGCCAACGCCUGCGCCGCCAACAUAUUCCAGUGCGGCGUGGUGGUGCCGCUGUCCGUCGUGGUGCUCCUCAUCCAGAACUGGGUCUUCGGCCCCGUCAUGUGCUACGUGCUGCCCAUGCUGCAGGACGUGCCGCUGCACGUCGUGAUGCUCACGUUCAGCGCCAUAAGUUACGACCGGUGCCGCUUCCACAAGAACCCGGCCGCGGAGCCCUUCUCGGCCAACGUGACGGCGUGCUGCAUCUGGAUCGUCAGCAGCCUCAUCGUGCUGCCCUACCCCGCCUUCACCUCGUACCUCGACUUGGGGAGCCUGAUGCGCGAGCAGUUCCACGGCGUGGGCAUCUGCUUCCUGAACCUGGCCGAGGACAUGCAGACCUACAUCUGCGUGGCCUUCGCCGGCGUGUUCAUCAUCCCGAUCCUGCUGAGCGUCCUGUUCCACGGCCGCGUCCACCUGAUGCUCAAGCGGCAGGCUCUGUCCGGCGCCUCCAGGGUGCGGAUGUACGAGGAGCGGCUGCGAGCCGCGUCGCUGUCCACCGCCGACCCGAGGUUCCCGAGCGCCGGCCAGCUGUACACGCUGAGCGGGCGGAGCGGGCCCCGCCACAGCGUGACGUGCCCCAGCCGCGCCGGCAGCAUCCAGCUGGAGGCCGAGGAGGACCUGCACCGCGAGCAGCGCACGCAGCGCUUCCUCGUCGCCAUGAACCUGGCCUUCGCGCUGUGCCUGCUGCCGCUCAUGGUGCUGCGGAUGGUGAAGCACGUGGUCCAGGAGACGUACUCCAACUCCGGCCACUUCGACAUCCUCUUCUGCCUGUUCGUGUGGCUGGCCUUCCUGCCCGCCGUCAUCGUCCCCGUGCUGGUGGCCGUGUGGACCGCCACGCUGCCCACGUGGACGGGCCGCCUGCAGGAGUGGCUGUGUCCGAGCCACGCCGCCAAGUUGGCGAGCAGCGUCAACGUGAACGGCGGCGCCCUGGACCACCCCCUCCACCCGCUGCACCCCCUGCCGCUCAGUAUUGUAGGUCAUAUGUACAUAAAUAUAGUUUUCAUGAAUGAUUGUGAAUUUGCAUAUCAAAAAGAAUGUAAAUGUAUUCCUGAACAUACUGUUGUCAAAUCGAUUGUGUGUGCCAAUAAAUAUCUUCCGGAAUACGAGUAG